AUGUCAAAACGUCGAAAAUUCGAGAAGCACAAGGCACCGGAAAGUGAAAGUGGAACGGGGCGGAACACACGCCUCAGGGUGCGGGUGCCAGUCCAAUGUUUAAACGGUGGGUAUUGGGCAGAGGUGGAGUACGCUGCAGUGAUGAGGGUGGAGGAGGUGGCUGCGAGCGUUGAAGACGAAGAGGAGAAGAAAGAAUGGAAUGAACCAAAAGAAAGACAAGCGAAUUGGACCCUUUAA